CUCUCUCUCUCUCUCUCUCUCUCUACUUAAGUUUGUAGGUAAGCACAAUUAGACAGAUAGCUAGCGAGCCUUGUGAGUAUAAAAACACGUCCGAAAGACAAGAUAGCCAAGUGACCUGUCGAAAGAUACACAAGCUCACCAGCCUACACGCACGCCCUACCAAGCAACAGUAACUAGCCACCAAGUCCGUCAUGCCGUGGUUUCCAGCCGUGCCGCCCGCACUGGCGGCCGCCGACGGGGGACGGAUCAAGAAGCGUGCGGGGCUCCCGAAGCUGCUGCACAAGCUCUUCAUCAAGGUGCUCCGCCUCAGGCCCGCGUCGUCGGCGGAGGACGCGUACUACGGCUACCGGAUGGGCACCGACGAGGAGUACUGCUACUACUACAGCUACGGCGGCGCCGGGUCGUCGUGGGCCGGCGUUCUGUCCUCCAUCCCGGAGGAGGACAGCUCCGAGGAGGGCACCCUGGACGUCUGCCCCGGCCCCACCGUGCUCCGGAAGGCCCAGUCGGAGCGGUUCGUCGUCGGCCCGCCCGAUGCCGCCACCGUCGUGCACGUCGAGGUCCUCCUGUAGUGCCCGCGCGCACAGCUGAGCUUACUUGCCCUGGCUGAGCUCAUCCGUGGAUUCGCAUGCUCUGCCUUCAUGCCGCUGUAAAAGGCGCCCAUCAGAACGCACCUUGGCCGUUCGAUCCAGAUCCAACGCUGGUGGGAUUAUCACCAGUGCGCUUGCAAUCAUCUCACGCCUUACCGGACGGCUCCAAAUUAGAGGUGCCAAUGGUAUCUUGGCACCCAAUGUACAGUGGCAAAGAGAUUCCAAAUCUAUAGUUUGCAUGCUUCAAAUUUUAAGUCAAUCUUGUUCGCUCGACACUAAUCGAAUUUGGGUACACAGGUAGCAAGAUAUGGCCAUAACCAUAAAAAAAAUUCUGCGGUUUCAGUAGAAAAUCUCAUCAGCGACAAGCGCGAGAGUUUCUGCGGAAAAUGGCAAAAAUAUGUAUCAUAGUUACAUUGGUGUUAUUUUUGGGCAGCAGUAGAAGUUGCUGUCUUGUAGUCUUGUUGACAUCACCAGUGAUGUGGGGUUUCAGUUAACGUUUAUCCCACAUUAGUGGCCAUUGUAACUUGGGUGGCUCUUGCUCACAUGUUGUUGCACCCUUUUUUGGCGUGUGAUUGAGGGCAGAAGCCUAUUGAUCCUGCUUUGCAUUUUCUUUAACUGGCAAUGCAAGCCUUCAUGUGUACCAGCU